AUGGCUGUCGGUCCGACCAUUGGCACUGGCCUGUUCAUCGGCGCUGGCCAGGCGCUCGCAGUUGGCGGACCUGCCUCGCUGCUCAUAUCGUAUAUAAUCCUAUCCUUCCUGACCUUUGUCAUGACCACGAGCCUGGCCGAAGUAUGUACUCACAAGCCGUCCCAGCAUGGAACACUAGUCACAAACGGCUACUUGUACAUGUCAAGCAGUCUGGCAUUUGCUUCAGCAUACCUUCGUUGGUACACUCUCGCUUUGUUCGUCCCAUACGAGAUCACCUCGGCGAUGGUCAACCUUGGCCUGUGGAAACCGGGGUCCACGAUCGCAAUCAGAUUGGCUAUCAUCACGACCAUCGUUGUUGGAUUCAACUUCCUGCCAGAAAAGCUCUUCAAAAGUUCUGAGCGAUUGUUCACUGCGAUAAAGAUCGGCACAAUGGCGAGCCUCUUCGUCCUCACUCUGGCUCUGGGUCUUGGAGGUAUAAAUGCCCAGCCCCCAUGGGGAUUCAAAUACUGGAAACAUCCAGGCGCCAUGAACGAGUACCUAGUUCGAGGCGUAUGGGGACGAUUCCUGGCUUUCCUCCAAUGCCUCCUCGAUGGCUCGAUCGCUUUCACGUUUGUCCCUGAGUUGAUUGUGCACCGAGCGGAAAUGCCGGCAUCACUUGUGCCAGAAUCACUUGGCGAAACAGCGUUUCUAAGCGCCGGCAUCCCAAGUAAAGUCACCUCUGAUGUUUUUCAAACAGCAUUUCCAUAUAUCCUGAGUUCCUUGGCCAUGGGUGUUAUGGCUCCUUUCAAUGAGACACGUCUGACAAACAACGGAACGGGCUCCGGGUUGUCUCCUUACCUGAUCGGACUCAAAGAUGCAAAUAUUCAAAUUGUACCUACGAUCGCGAUGAUUGCAAUCCUACUCUCCGCAGUGGCUUCUGGGCGAACCUUUUUAUAUCUCUCUUCUCGCACACUUUGUGCAAUGUCGGAGCUCGGCCAUGCGCCUUCGAUAUUUUCCACCCGCAACCGUUGGAAUGUUCCAUACUUGGCCGUUACAGCAUCCGCCGUGUUCUGCUGUCUUGCCUUUGUUUCAGUGAAAAUCCCUAGUACAAUCAUGAACAUCUAUCUCCUCCGCCUUGUCACGAGCGCCGGUCUGAUUUCCUCGCUUGUGUCAUGCACCAUCUAUCGCCACUUUGAUCGACGGCUCAAACUGAAAGGAAUCACCAGGCGUCAUAGUUUCUAUUCACAGCCAUUGGGCUCAUAUUUCGGGAUGGUGGUCAGUGUCCUACUGCUGUUGAGCGGCGGCUUGUGGGCAGCACCCAAGGGAAAUCUGAUUGGGCCCCGAGCAGCCAGACUGAUCAUCCCAUUUGUCAACAUCGCUGUAUUCGGCCUGUUGUUCUUUUUUCAUCGAUUCCAAGACUUUUUGCCCGUUGUCGAAAUUGAAAGACAUGUGUGA